AUGCCUUCCGAGCUUUGCCCCGUCUAUGCGCCCUUCUUCGGAGCCAUGGGUUGCACCGUCGCCAUUGUCUUCACCUGCCUGGGUGCCUCCUACGGUACCGCAAAGUCCGGUGUCGGUAUCUCGGCUAUGGGUGUCCUCCGCCCUGACCUGAUCGUCAAGAACAUUGUUCCCGUCAUUAUGGCUGGUAUCAUUGCUAUUUACGGUCUCGUCGUUUCCGUGCUUAUCUCCGACGGCCUUCAGCAGCAGAUGGCCCUCUACACUGGUUUCAUCCAGUUUGGUGCUGGUCUCUCUGUCGGUCUUGCUGGUCUUGCUGCUGGUUUCGCCAUUGGUAUCGUCGGUGAUGCUGGUGUCCGUGGAACUGCUCAACAGCCCCGUCUCUUCGUCGGCAUGAUUCUUAUUCUCAUUUUCGCCGAAGUCUUGGGUCUUUACGGUUUGAUUGUUGCCCUUCUUAUGAACUCCAAGGCCACUCAGGACGUCACCUGCUAA